CCUGGACCUGUGCAAAUCAGAAGAUCGCAUCACUUCAAACUAUCAAUCGCGCGCGACACCUCUCAUUCCAUCCUAGCUCAUCACGAGCUCAAGCCUAGAAUACCAACUCCCACUAAGCACACAAUUCUCCCUCUUCGACAAUUACUGGUGAUAAUGGUCCGCAUCAAACACCGCUACCUCCUCCUCGACAUCCUUUACCCGGACCCCGCGACCUGGCCUCGAAAACCUUCAACGUCCACCUCCUCCACACAAGCCCAACUCCAGAUCCACGCGCCCACCUCCGACGCCCUGACCCCGAGUCUUCUGGCCAAGCUGGUCCGCGAACAAGUCGCCGAGUUAUUUGGUGAUUGGGGCGUAGGCCGGCUGGGUGGUGCUGGGGCGGGGGGUGUUAGUGUCAAAUACCUCUCCCCUGCAACAUCUACCGCCAUCAUCCGAUGUCCCCGUGCCUCAUUCCGGUUGGUCUGGAUGGCCUUGACGUGUUUGGAGGUUGUGCCGGAGUACGCGGCCUCGCGGAAUGCCGCGAUGACGAGGCGGUGCGUUUUCCGCGUCAUCAGGGUGUCCGGGACUAUGCGGAAAGCGGAGGAGGAGGCGAUUCGGAGGGCGAGGAGGGAGGUCCUGCGAUUAAAAGGGGGUGGGGAGGGGGAUGUGUUGGAGGGAGUUUUGGGGGGGUUGGUUGGGGGAGGUGGGUCUGUUAAGGGCGGGAAGAAGGGGGGUGGUAGUGAGGUUGAUGAUGUGGAUGUUGAUGUUAUGGAUGAGGAUUUGAGUGAUGAUGAUGAU